UAGAGUACAUUGAAUAUGAUUUCUCUUGACUUGACUUUACUUUGUGUCUGUGUGCUGUGUAUUUAUUUAAUUUAAUCUAAUAAUUAUAUUUUUAACUACUUUGUAGCCCUUUUUUAUCAAAAAAGUUUAUAGCCUGGUGUAUUUCAGCAAUAUAUAACUGUUCUAAAUAUCAAUUUUUAGUGAUAUCAACGUGUAAAAUUGCAGAAUAAAGCACUCCAAGUAAUUAAUAGUAAAUUGCAAUAGUGGUGAAAAUGCCUGGGCUUGCUACCAUGUCUUUAGACAAUAUGUUUUGUACCCGUUGUGGAGAUGGUUUUGAACCAAACGAAAAAAUUGUAAACUCCAACGGUGAGCUGUGGCACACUGGCUGCUUUGUCUGUGCACAGUGUUUUCGAGUCUUUCCGGACGGAGUAUUUUACGAAUUUGAAGGGCGAAAAUAUUGUGAGCGCGAUUUUCAAGUACUUUUUGCGCCUUGCUGUGGAAAAUGUCGCGAAUUUGUAAUUGGGCGCGUCAUCAAAGCGAUGAACUCGAACUGGCACCCUGGCUGCUUCCGCUGCGAGGAGUGCACCGUGGAGCUGGCUGAUGCUGGCUUCAUCAAGCACGCGGGGCGCGCGCUGUGUCACGCCUGCAACGCGCGCAUCAAGGCAGACGGCUUGCAGAACUACAUGUGCCAUAAGUGCCAUGGUGUGAUCGACGGCGAGCCGCUGCGCUACCGCGGCGAGGUGUACCACGGGUACCACUUCGCGUGCGCCACCUGCGGCGUGGAGCUCGACCACACCGCGCGCGAGGUCAAGAACAGACCCGGCUACGCCGCCAACGAUGUGAACAAUCUGUUCUGCCUGCGGUGCCACGAUAAGAUGGGCAUUCCCAUAUGCGGCGCGUGCCGUCGCCCCAUCGAGGAGAGGAUCGUCACCGCGCUCGGCAAGCACUGGCAUGUUGAGCAUUUCGUGUGCGCUAAAUGCGAGAAGCCGUUCCACGGGCACCGCCACUACGAGAAGAAGGGGCUGGCGUACUGCGAGCAGCACUACCACCAGCUGUUCGGCAACCUGUGCUACGUCUGCAACCAGGUCAUCGCCGGCGACGUGUUCACGGCGCUGAACAAGGCGUGGUGCGUGCACCACUUCGCGUGCGCGGUGUGCGACACGGCGCUCAGCACGCGCAGCAAGUUCUACGAGUACGACGAGCGGCCCGCGUGCCGCCGCUGCUACGAGCGCCUGCCCGCCGAGCUGCGCCGCCGCCUGCGCCGCGCGCACAACUACACGCUGCGCCGCUGACACUCGCGCCCCACACCAGCCAGCUCAGCCCAACUUACACCUGACAGACCAGACAAGUCACACCACACAGACCAGCCAGUUUAAUACACACUUACACCCUACAGUGGGUAUAUCAGUUACAUAACCGAAAACGAAAAGAUGUCAUGUAGUCCUUGUCCAGAAGGGGCGAAUUCGUCGCGAAUUCAUACGCGCGUUGUCGAAGUACUAGACAUCAAUACAUUGCGUCCACAAGCUUUUUUUUUUUUUUAUUCUUUACAAGUUAGCCCUUGACUACAAUCUCACCUGAUGGUAAGUGAUGAUGCAGUCUAAGAUGGAAACGGGCUAACUUGUUAGGAGGAGGAUGAAAAUCCACACCCCUUUCGGUUUCUACACGACAUCGUACCGGAACGCUAAAUCGCUUGGCCGGUGCCGGUAGGGUGGUAACUAGCCACGGCCGAAGCCUCCCACCAGCCAGACCUGGACAAAUUAAAAAAUCUCAAUCUGCCCCAGCCGGGGAUCGAACCCAGGACCUCCGUCUUGUAAAUCCACCGCGCAUACCACUGCGCCACGGAGGUCGUCAAAAGCAUCGCAGGAUUUCAAAAUACGCGCGUAAAUCCCGUGCACUACGCCAGACUCUCGACACGCGCUUGAUUCGUGCGUAUUGCGCGCGAGUCGAGAUACUAUCGACGUCUUGUUGCGUCCACUUAACGCGCGAACUCUAGAGCGAGUGCACGUUCAACUCCAUGUUUCGUACUGAAUUCCUUCCCAAAUGCUCGCGCGUUGGCACGCACCCUGUGAACGCGACGGGCGCGCGUAAUACGCGCGAGAGAAUCGCGGCGAAUUCGCCCUUUUUGGACUGAGCCUGACAAAUAACAUAACUAAGUCCUCGACCGCGCGGUGCUAAGUCAAGGGGUAUGACGACUAUACACCGUCUGUUCACACUGCCCAGACAGCUAGAGAUACUUAAAAGUCCUUUACAUAAAAUAAGUCCCCCAGACACGGCGCUAAUGUAUUAAUGGCGGUCAUUGUCAUUUUGGUAAUGGCUGCCUUAUUGUCAGAUUUCAUGAAAAGACAUGAACCGCACAGACAAAAUAUUUACUUUUGACUCUGUUAUGUGCCUAUCCUAGUUAUAAGUUGUAGUACUUGAAAUAAACAAUAUUUUUAUAAAUGAAAAUAAUGCGACAUAAAAGCGAGUGGUUAUUGAGUAUUGACGCAUUUUACAAUGACAUCAAAGAUCUUAAACUUCAUACAUAAAAAAAACGAUUUUUUUUUUACCUACUGACAUUUCCACUUUUAUUUUUUUGAUAAAAACUUUUGCUUUAAGUAACUGUAUUUUGCCAUAUUUAAUAAGUGUACUAAUAUUAUGAUUAUGAAUUAAUAUUGUCCGCGAAAGACAUUUAAUUUAUGAAUUUAAUUUGGUUGUCAAGACUUAUAAUAUUUUAAAUUUGCAAAUUAAAUGUUCUUUUUUUGUGGUAAUUUACUAACCAAAAAUAGGUUAAGUGUAGUUAUACUAAUAAUUUUCAAUAUAAUAUGUAAUUUAUUUUAACGUGGAUUAAAAAAAAGUCUGACAAAUGAAUAUGUGCCUUCCGAACAAUAAUAGAAGAUUUGUAAAUUCAAAGAAUCUAUUCCUUAUAAAAAAUAUUUUUCUGUAUUUCUUAUAAAGAAGAAUUGUUCUGAUAGUCUUUUCAGUCAAUAGUCUUAUAGUGAAAAGCUUUGACCAACACCUAAAAAGCUUAGCUUAGCGUUUUGUAUUUUAUUAACAUUGAUAUAGAAAAACCAACACAUGCGUCAAAUUGAGAAUCUCCUUUUUUUGAGUUGGUUAAAAAAAGAAGAAAUAAAUAAAUGAAAGAGUAAAAAAAAUUACUGACUACUAAUUUUCUCGUUAGUGGAACACACCUCAAUAUAUUGAUUUUUUUAAUUAAAAAAAAUUGUUGUUGUAAAUCACUUAAGUAGGGUCAAAAAUGUAUGAUGUUUUGUGACUGUUUACUUAUGAUGUUUUCUAUUAUUAUAAAUAUUUCUUAAUUCUCAAUAGUGCCUCUUCUAUUAUAUAAUAAUAUAAAUGAUAAGACUUACUAAACGUUUAUUAAAAAGAAAAAAAUAUAUGUUAAAAAAAUAUAAUAGAAAUUUAUUUUAAUGGUGCUUAAUGUUUUGAAUAUAACAAUUGAACUAA